CGUCUCUGCGCCUGCGCGCAGCGCGCCGGAAGUCAGCAUCGCCCCGCCCACCCACUCGUCAAGAUGGCAGCGCCUGCGGCUCGCUUAGCGGCACGGCGGCUAUUCCUCCCUUGGUCUACUCGCCUGGCGCGAGUGUCCGGCUCGGGGGGCCGGUGUGUUCAUGUUGGAACAGGCAGGCUCAGAGCUUCCAAAGCAGCAACAGAAGUAAUCUUAAAUGUUCCUGAAACUAGGGUGAGCCCUCUGGAAAACGGCUUGCAAGUAGCUUCUGAAGACUCUGGACUCUCAACAUGCACAGUUGGACUUUGGAUUGAUGCUGGAAGCAGAUAUGAAAAUGAGAAGAACAAUGGAACUGCUCACUUCCUUGAGCAUAUGGCUUUCAAGGGAACAAAAAAGAGAUCUCAGUUAGACCUUGAACUAGAGAUUGAGAACAUGGGAGCUCAUCUGAAUGCAUAUACAUCCAGAGAACAAACCGUGUAUUAUGCAAAGGCUUUUUCAAAAGACUUACCAAGAGCUGUGGAAAUUCUUGCUGACAUAAUUCAGAACAGUACCCUGGGAGAAGCAGAGAUUGAGCGUGAGCGAGGAGUUAUACUUCGAGAGAUGCAAGAGGUUGAAACCAAUUUGCAAGAAGUUGUCUUUGAUUACCUCCAUGCUACAGCCUAUCAGAAGACAGCCCUAGGACGGACAAUUUUAGGACCCACUGAAAACAUCAAAUCCAUAAACCGUAACGACUUAGUGGAAUACAUAACAACACAUUACAAAGGACCCAGAAUGGUCCUGGCUGCUGCUGGAGGGGUCUCUCAUGAUGAGCUACUUGACCUAGCAAAGUGCCACUUCGGUAACUUGCCAUCUGCUCCGGAAGGAGGACUGCCACCCCUGCCACCUUGUAGCUUCACAGGCAGUGAGAUUCGUAUUAGAGAUGACAAGAUGCCCUUGGCACACAUUGCGAUAGCUGUUGAAGCAGCUGGCUGGUCGCACCCAGAUACAAUCCCACUUAUGGUAGCGAAUACUCUGAUAGGUAACUGGGAUCGUUCCUUUGGAGGAGGCAUGCAGAAUUUAUCCAGUAAACUUGCUCAGAUUGCCUGCCACGGUAACCUGUGUCACAGUUUCCAGUCCUUCAACACCUGCUACACUGAUACAGGGCUGUGGGGAAUCUAUAUGGUCUGUGAGCCAUCCACUAUACAGGACAUGGUGCACUUUGUUCAGACAGAAUGGACAAGACUUUGCACAAGUGUUACAGAAAAUGAAGUAGCUCGAGCAAAAAAUCUACUGAAGACCAAUAUGCUGCUACAACUUGAUGGGUCCACACCAAUCUGUGAAGACAUUGGAAGACAAAUGCUGUGUUAUAAGCGCCGAAUCCCAAUUCCAGAACUUGAGGCACGGAUUGAGGCUAUUGAUGCCCAGACUAUUAGAGAAGUUUGCGCAAAGUACAUCUGUGAUAAGCAUCCUGCAGUUGCUGCUGUGGGUCCAGUUGAACAACUUCCAGAGUAUAAAAAAAUCUGCAGUGGCAUGUAUUGGCUUUGAGACAAACAACAGGAAGAACGACAAAAAAUUGCUACACAAAUAAUUGAAGAGGCUAGGGCUCAAUCUGUAUAAUUUAUCAGAAAUACAAGUGAUAUGGAAUUGAUUACAGUGCCUUCAGAGAAACUUCACAGGAGAGAGAACACUGGGUCCAAAGAAGCUCAAAAAAUUUAAUAGCGGGAAAAGGCGUAAGAGACAAAGAACAAGUGCCUAGCUACAGCCUACAUACAGCACAGUUUUUAGCCACAAAGCAAGCUAACCACUGAAUCUAACUACAAAAUCGAUUUCUAUUCAAACUUGGAAGAGGAGGUUCAUACAGUGCCAGUUACAGUUAUACAAGGAUGACUAAGUAAAAGGUUGUGUCCUGUGAAAUAAGUGCUAGACUAAAUGGUUCGAUGCUCUAACAUCAACAUUUUGUGUUUAUAACUGUAGGAAGGAGAAAAAUAGAGCGUAUUUUCCAAUGGCAACAUGUUCCGAGUAAUUCAGCCACUAUCGCUAAAUCAACAAAUACACAAUUUUUAUUAACAUCAAGCCAUCAGAACUAUUCUUUCUACAUUCUAGAAAGUAUCACUUGUCUCAGCACAGUUUAAUAAAGAGUUGGAGAGAGAAAAGA